UUGUAACAUCGAUACACGCAUUUAUUGCUAAUAGAAUAGAUUUUCUUGGCAUCCAAACAGAGGAGUUGCUAGCAUAAUUUUGAUUCCAGUUGUCGUUGUUGACAAGGCUGGUAUGCUAAAUUCUUUGGACCGACAUUUUUAAUUUAUUUUUGUAUUUAUUUUGUUUAGGUCGGAGCAUACAGAUAUCUGAAUUAGGUUUUAAGGAACUGAACUUUACGAGUACUUAGAAAUUGUAGAGAGAAACAAACAAUGUCUGGGAGAAAUCGUGGGCCUCCUCUUACGAUGAAAGGCGUCCCUCCUCAUGGGGGCAUGCCGCCUGUCAUCCAUGAACCACAUUUUGGUAGAGGGCUUGGACCCAUGCCGCCCCAUCCAGCCUUACUCGAGGAAUUGAGAGAAUCCCAAUUUGGGUUGGAUCCAAGGCGGCUGCCUCCUCACCCUGCGGUUAUGGAGGAGCGUCUUGCUGUGCAACACCAAGAUAUUCAAGGUUUGUUGGCUGACAAUCAGAGAUUUUCUGCAACCCAUGUUGCGCUUAAGCAGGAACUGGAAGCUGCUCAUCAUGAGUUGGAAAGGAUGGCACACUAUGGGAACUCAUUGCAUGUGGAGAAGGAUGUGCAGAUGAGGGAAUUGCAUGAGAAGUCUAUGAGGUUGGAGGCCGAUCUUCGUGAGGUGGAGGCUAUGCGCGCCGAGCUUCAUCAUGUUCGUGCUGAUAUUAAGGAACUUAGUGAAGUGAGGCAAGAACUUACAGGUCGUGUACAAAUGAUGACUCAAGAUUUGGCUAGGUAUAAUGCGGAUUUGCAACAAGUGCCAGCUGUGAAGGCUGACAUAGAAAGUAUGAAACAACAAUUGCAGCAUGCACGAGCUGCCAUUGACUAUGAGAAGAAAGGAUAUGCUGAAAAUUAUGAGCAUGGUCAGGUGAUGGAGAAGAAAUUGAUUGCAAUGGCUCGGGAGUUGGAGAAGCUCCGUGCAGAGAUUGCUAAUGCAGAGAAGAGAGCUCGUGCUGCUGCCGCUGUAGGAAAUCCAGGUGCAACUUAUAAUGCAAACUAUGGCAAUUCUGAAGCUGGUUAUGCAGGAAAUCCAUAUCCUAUCGGCUAUGGCAUGAAUCCUGUGCAAGCUAAUGCUGAAAGUUAUCCUCAGUAUGGAGUUGGACCUGGUUCGUGGGGUGCAUAUGAUAUGCAGCGAGCUCAAGGUCACAGAUAGACUGGUUUCCAAAUAGAUGUAUGUUAAAUGGUACCUUGGGCUGCAACUUACUAGAUACUUAAGUUUAAAUUGUGAACUGCAAUUAUGAUAUUAAUUUAGAGAUACUUGUUUGUUUCUUUGGGUUAAUGGAGAUGUACCUGAAUAUGACAGUUCAUAUUGUUUUGGGUGCAUUAUACUAUUAUCAUUUUGGUA